UUAUUGACCCCACAUUAUUAACAAACAACCUGGUCUCUCUUUCUCUCUAAUGACUUCUUCAACCCCUUCAUAUGGAUCAUGAACCUUCUCAGCAACCAAAUACACAUAAACUCCAUCUUCUUCCUUUCUUAUUCCCCAUCACAAUCCAAAAAGAAGUAAAAUAUGCACUUUGUUUUCUCCUUCUCUUACUUUCUUCCUUUGUCAUUUUCAACCUUGUAACCCCUAUUGACUCUCAGUUCAUCUUUGGCAUUGGUUUCUUCUCGCAAAUCCUACCAAACAAUCAAAAAACAUCAUUAGAAGGUUGUGAUUAUUCUAAUGGCAGAUGGGUUUGGGACGAAAGUUACUCCCUUGAGUCAUACACCGAGAACUGCCAGUUUCUUGAUCCUGGCUUUCGGUGCAGUCGAAAUGGAAGAAAAGAUGGUGAUUAUCGUAAAUGGCGAUGGCAACCAGAGGGCUGUGAUCUUCCAAGAUUUAAUGCAAGUGAUCUCCUGGAAAGAAGCCGAAAUGGACGUAUAGUGUUUGCCGGCGAUUCUAUUGGAAGAAACCAGUGGGAAUCCCUGCUAUGCAUGCUUGCACAAGCAGUCUCCAACCAGUCUAGAAUAUAUGAAGUAUAUGGAAGCCCCAUAACCAAACACAAAGGCUUCCUCUCCAUGCGGUUCCAUGAUUACAACCUCACAGUUGAAUAUUACAGAGCACCCUUUUUAGUUUUCCUCGGCCGGCCAUCUGAGAACUCAUCUGAUCAAAUCCAAAAAACCAUUAGGGUUGAUGAGUUGCACGGGUACUCCAAGAAGUGGAUUGGAGCAAAUGUUUUUGUUUUCAAUGCUGGUCAUUGGUGGAAUGAAGACAAAACUGUUAAGAUGGGCUUGCAUUUCCAGGAAGGUGGCAAAGUAAAUAUGACAAUGGACACAAUGGAAGCAUUCAGGAGGUCUUUACAGACAUGGAAGUCUUGGGCAUUACAAAAUUUAGAUUCAAAUAGAAGUCAUAUAUUCUUUCGCAGCUACUCCCCAGUGCAUUAUAGGAAUGGCACCUGGGAUACCGGGGGCCUGUGUCAUACAGACACAGAACCAGAAACAAACCUCACAAAUCUGGAGGCGGAGCCAUUAAAUAAUGAAUUCAUUUCCAAUGUAGUCAAACAGAUGGAUUAUGGAAACAGGAGUAUCCAGUUCUUAAACAUCACAUAUCUAACAGGAUUUAGGUUUGAUGGUCACCCUUCAAAGUAUCGCGAGCCAGGCACUCCAACUCCCUCUCCACAAGACUGCAGUCAUUGGUGCUUACCUGGAGUGCCAGACACAUGGAAUGAGCUUCUCUAUGCUUAUCUAUUGUCAAAAGGAUUCAGAACCCAGUGAAAUUAGCUUUUUAAAGAAUAAAAUCAUGUCA